AUGCCUACGAGCAAUGAUGUUCUAUCCACUCUCCCCGGCCUAGCCAACGUAGAGCUGGGUGCGACCCAAAGGGAAGGCACAACCACUCCUGCCGCUGCGAUGACAGGCUAUCCCACAGUCGCACCGGACCACGUGCCAGGCAUCACCCAAUCCGGUAUCGUCCUAAUCCUCAACUUGCUCCUCAACAUGACAUUCUUCAUCAUCGUGCCCACCUCUGCAGCCUACGCCAACGAACUGGGCGCCUCCACCUGGUUCUCUGGUCUCACGAUCGGUAUCUCGACUUUGAUCGCUGGAUGCUUCCUCGUCCCCUUUUCCACUCGCUACAGCCGGGUCUACCGUUUUCCAUUCCUGUUCAGCUCGGUGUGCAUCUUUACAGGAGAGAUCGUCUAUGCGCUUGCAGGUCUAGCUGAUACUGCGUGGUUGAUGUUUUUAGGUCGAAUCAUCUUGGGUGCGGGCUUCGUAAGCUGGAUGUACGUCAAGAAGUAUAUGACGGAUGCAGCGGUGGUGGGCGCACAGAAAAGGACGAUGAUGAGUGCUUGUCUAGUGACGACACAGGUAGGGGGGAUGGCAGUGGGGCCUUGGAUUGGAGGCGUUUUGAGUAAGAAGGUGAGACCGAUGACGGAUGAGAACAGGCUUUGGAAUGGAUUUACUGCAAGUGGCUGGUUGAUGGCGGCUGUGUUUGCUGUCUUCUUUGCUGUGACGUUGCUGUAUUUCAAGGAUCCAGAGACGCUUUCACCGUCGCCGGUUCAGGUGGAACUUGCUCCACUUUCAUUGACAAUACCCAACGCAGCAGCUAAGAAGGCGAACAAGGCGGGCAACGGCGAACCAACGUUGGGCUCAAUGAUACGAGAGUUGAACGCAACUCAAAAGUUCUCGGUGGUGACCAUGUGUUGGUUUAGCAUGGUCAACUUCCUCGUUCUCGGUGCCUGGGAGGCCAACAUUCCCGUCUUUGGUCAUUUACGUUUCGGUUGGAGCGAGUACAAUGCUGGCAACGUGAUCGCGUUGGGUGGAUUAGCUACGAUGCCUAUUCUGUUCGCGCUGGUGUUCGCGGCAAAACAUGUGCAAGAUCGACUGAUCCUCGCCGUUGGUCUCCUCUUUGGUUUGCUGGGACUAUCUCUGCACAUGGGUUCACUCGAAAGCCCGACGAAAUCAGCAGUGAGCAGACUUGGCAUGCUUACUUGGCUCAACUUUGGCUCUUUCUUCACGAGCUGGUUCCUCGUCGCACUGGGCUACAACAUGCUGACGACCGUGACACUAUCACUGCUCUCCAAGCAGAUCCCGGCCAAGUAUAACGGUCUCACAUCGACGGUGAUUCAGUUGAGCAACUACUCGGGCCGUAUUGGUGGUGCGUUGUGGGGCUCAACAAUCUAUCAGAUCGGGCAGUUUAGCAUUGUAUCGUUCGAGUUGGCUGUAACGCUGAUCGGGGCUUUUAUGAUCGGGUUCAUGUGGCGUAAGAUGGAUGUUCAGCGUGGCUAA